AGGGGAAUAAACAGUCAAUUUUUUGGACAGAGGAAAGCUAUUUAUUCCCCUCCACUGAUGCUGCCUGACUUGCUGAGUUCCUCCAGCACUGUGUGUGGGUUGCACAUCAAAAUCCAACAGGUCUAGACAGAUACCAGGAGCAGAUUCCUGACAGCUGGAAAGUCCACGGCAGGGAAUGGCAGCCCCUGAACGCAAGGUGUGACAAUGAGAUUAAGGGAAAAUUAACUCAAGUCAGGAGACCCAUAAACAGGUCUGAUGCUGACCAGCGUACAUUGCUGACCUAAUAUCAUAUUAACAAACUUUCAAAAACAUUGUUCCCUGAACAAGAGGAACAGGAUGGCAAAGGUCACAUUCUGUGCUGUGGGAUUGGUCCUGCUGUUACAAGUGUGUGAAGUUUUAGGCAAGGACUAUAAGAUAGUUUGUUACUACCCAAACUGGGCCAACAAACAAGGCAACUGUAGGUUCUCACCACAAGACAUUAACCCCAAGUUAUGCACACACCUUACCUACGCAUAUGCUGUUGUUGACAAGAACCAUCAGAUAGUUCCUGGUGAAGAGGAGGAUGAAAAUCUUUAUGAGUCAUUUAAUAACCUUAAAAAACGAAACCCAAAUUUACAAACACUUCUGUCUGUGGGUGGCUGGAACUUCGGAACUGAAAUGUUCACUAUCAUGGCUGCUAGUGAAGAAACACGACAAACCUUCAUUAAGUCUGCGAUUAAGCUUCUGAGGGAAAAAGGGUUUAAUGGUUUGGAUCUGCACUGGGAGUACCCAGGGUUUAACAGAAGCCCGCCCGAAGACAAACAACGAUUUUCUUUCUUGGUGCAGGAACUCUCGGAAGAGUUUCAGAAAGAAUCCAAUGAGACCAGCAAACCCCGAUUGUUACUAUCAGUUGUCGGAGCAUCUGGAAUAAGAAACAUUCAAGCUGGAUAUGAAAUAGAGAAGAUUUCAGAACAUGCAGAUUUUAUCGGUGUGAUGACCUAUGAGUUCCACGGUCCAUGGGAUUUCAAAACUGGACCCAACAGUCCGUUGUACAAGAGCUCUCAAGACAAAAAUGACGACAGAUACUUUAAUGUGGAGUUUGCAGUAAACUACUGGAAAGAGCAGGGUGCUCCAGCAGAGAAGCUACUGGUUGGAUUCCCAACGUACGGGCGUACAUUUACCCUCUGUUCCACUGACACCAGACCAGGUGCCUUGGCCUGUGGACCCGGGACACCAGGGAACUGCACCAGAUCAGAAGGAAUUUUAGCAUAUUUCGAGGUUUGCAACUUUUUGAAAGGCGCCACCAAGGUCUGGCUUGAGGAACAGGAAGUUCCAUACGCAUACAGUGGUGAUGAGUGGGUUUCUUACGAUAGCUUGAGGAGCUACGAGAAGAAAGUAGAAUGGUUGAAAAAUAAUAGCUUUGGAGGCGCGAUGGUUUGGACAAUCGAUCUGGAUGAUUACGAAGGUACUUCCUGCAACCAAGGAAAAUACCCCCUGAUUAAUAAACUGAGGGCUGUGCUUUUCUCGGCUUCUGAACCUGAGGAAACCUUGCCAGCCACACCACUGCCCACCUCCACACCACCAGAUUCACAGUCCAAGUGCCCUAACCUGGAAUUUUGCCAAGGCAAAGAGAACGGUGACUAUGAAGUUGAGUGUGCACCAGAGAGCUUCUAUCGGUGUACUAACAAUGACACACAAGUCCAGAAUUGCCCCCGAGGAACUUCCUACAACAGCAUCAGUGGCAAGUGUGUCUGGCCACCCAGGCUGUUUCCUGUGCUUAAUUUGGCAGCCAGCAGCUUUUGUGAGGGCAAACCUAAUGGUUCUUACGCAAUCCCUGUCCCCAUCUACUACAAAUGCAAAGCAGAACAAACACAAAUAAAGAAAUGUUCCUCUAAUUUGCUCUAUGAUGCAGUCAAAAGAAAAUGCAUCAGUGCCAAUAUAUUCAGUGACUAUGAUGUGGAGUUCUGCAAUAACAGUGAAGAUGGCACCUAUCCUAUUCCCGGCAGACCUACCAAAUACUACCACUGUUCCAAAAAGAAUACCAACAUCGGGAUUUGCCCUAAGGGAAGUGCCUACAAUAACCUCUGUAAAUGCUAACUUUACAUUUAUGUAGAAACAGCACUAAAAAUCAAUUUAACAAUCUGGGUGGCAAUAAUAUUGUACACUAGUACAAAAUGGAAUUGGUCUUGUGAUAUUUAGAUAUACAGGUAGGGUCGCUGUUACAUACCUCCAGAGACUCAGGUUCGUUACUGAUCACUGGUGCUGUCUGUGUGUAGAGUUUGCACAUUCUUUCUGCCAUCGCAUGUUAUUCCCCCACCCCACCUCUGCCAUGCUCUGGUUUCUUCCCACAUCCCACAGAAUUGCUGGGCCCCAUAAAUAAACCUUAGUGCAUGUGGAUGGCAGACAAAUCAGGAGGGGUUAAAGAGCAUGUGCAACAGACUCAGUCAUAAGGAAAUAUUUGGAGAGGGAUGGAUAGGAUUACUCUGAGAGGUAGCAUUAACCUGAAGGGCUGAAUGCCUCCUCUACAUUAUCCUGCAUUAAGACUCAUUCUCAACUACAACUAGCUCCAACUCCAUCAUCAAAUCAAAUCUAAAACCUUAAUCUUCAAAAUCAGAAUUAUUAUCACCAACUGUGCAGAUUUUAAAAUUACUAAAAAAAAUACUACAAAUUACAAACUAAAUAAAUAGUGGAGAAAAUAGGAAUAAUGAGAUGGUGUUUAUUUAUCAUUUAGGAAUCUGAUGGUGGAGAGGAAGAAAUCGUUCCUAAAUUGUUGAGCGUCUGUCUUGAGGCUGCCGUACUUCCUCCCCAAUGGUGGCAGUGAAAAGAGCCUGUCCUGAACCUUAAUGAUCAAGUUUUCCCAAUCUGGCAUCUACGGACCUCUCAGUUCUUGAGGCACUGCCUUUUGAAGAUGUCCUCAAUGGUGAGGAGGCUAGUUCCCAUAAUGGAGUUGGCUGAGUCUACAACCCUCCAUAGCUUUUUUUUCUGCCGGAUCCUGUGUACUGGCAUCAGAUAGUGAUGCAAGCAGCCAGAACGCUCGCUACCGUACAUCCGCAGAAAUUUGCUAGCCCUUGUUGACAGACCAAAUCUCCUCAAAACCCUGAUGAGGUAUAGCCUCUGGUGUGUCUUCUUCAUAGUCAUGUGGGCAGCAGAUCAGACAGUUCUCCGUUGCAAAGAGAGGAAAGGGAACAAAGGGACCCUACAAUAAGGUAUUGACCAAUUGAUCUGUUGUUUCCACAUCUGCCACUCUGAGUGUUAUUUUUCUCACCUACCUUCCCCCUCACCUGAAUUCACCUGUCACCUAUCGGCUUGUACCAUGUACCCCCCCACCCCCACUUUCUUAUUCUGACUACCUCUCCUCUUCCUUUCCAGUCCUGAUGAAGGGUCCUGGCCUGAAAUGUCGACUGUUUAUUCCCCUCCAUAGAUUCUACCUGACCUGCUGAUUUGCUCCAGCAUUUUGUGGUGUGUCACAGUUUAUAGUUCUGAUGAAGAGUCUCUGAAGGAAAAUGCUUUUUUUUUCUCUCUCUCUCACUCUCCCUCUCCCUCCCUCCUAAUGCUGUGUAACUGGCUGGUGCUUAUAGCUUUGGCAGUUUUUGCUUCAAUUACUAGAUCUGAAGUUUUAUUUUAAUUUCACUAGUAGUAUUAUGGGUGGCAGGGUGGAGGUAUGUCUCUACCAAAGGAGGUGUAAGGCACUCCUUCCCUCCGCUAGCCUGCAGGUCACCCUUGGGCAAGGUGUAGUACCCUCCCACCACCCCUCACUCCCCUCCCCCCCCAGCGAUCAGGGUCAUGUGAAGCUUUGGAAGCAGAUGGUGUAUGAUCAUAGGAGCAGCUGGUGCAUAUCACAAGUCCUGGUUAAGCGACCACUGACCCCAGGCAGACGAUCUCUGAAGUGUAUUGAUAAUGGCUGGGGUCACUCAGCUUGUAAAGACACUGUCCAUAAGGUGAUAAUGGCAAACCACUUCUGUAGAAAACAUUUGCCAAGAACAAUCAUGGUCAAGACCAUGACUGCCCACAUUAUACAACAUGACACAUAACGAUGGAGUGACAUUGUGCUUUCUAUCUUUUUUUUGGGAGGUAGGGGUAGAUUUACUUUUGAAAUAAGAUAUUUUUUAAAAAUGGAUACCUGUUGCCAAGGAGACAGAAGCAACAAGUAAAAACAUGAUAUUUUCAUAACUAUCAUUUUGUUGAGAUCUAUAACUUUAUUAAAAGAUGAUUCAAACUGAAUGAUCUCUUAGCUAAUAUAUAACAACCCUUUAACAAUGUCCGCAUUUCACCUUAGCCAAACAUGAAGCAAAGUCCAAUUUCAGAAAUUUGACCCUCGUUUUAAUGAUAAAAAGCAGAUUAUGCAUUUGACAUACUUGUAGGAUUAAUGGAUUUACGGAGUUGAGAGCCACUUGGGCAGCACCAUAGCAUAAUGGUUAGCGCAAUCGCUUUACACUGCCAGCAACCCAGUUUCAAUUUCCACCAAUGUCUCUGAGGAGUUUGUACAUUCACCCAUGGCUGUGUGGGUUUCCUCCAGGUGCUCUGGUUCCCUCCCACAUUCCAAAAUCGUACAGAAUAGGAUUAGUAAAUUGGGUUGGCGCCAGAAGCAUAGCAAUACUUUCAGGCUACCUCCAGUACAUUCUCAAGACUGUGUUGGUUACUGACACAAAAACCAACAUAAUGACACCAAAAACAAUUUCACUGGAUGUUUUGAUGUACAUAUGAUAAAUAAACCUAAUCUUUAAGAUUAACCUUUAUCUUUAAUCUCUUUUCAGUAGCUAAAGUCAAAUCAUCUUCUCUCUCCAGAGAUCUUGAGACCUAAGUGUUUUAUAUUAUUAAGUGGUACUUUGUAAAGUGCUUAUUCAUGAAACAAAACAUUGUGGACAGUAUUCUAAACUUUUCAAUAAUACAAGAGAGAGCCUUUUAAAUCUGGUCUGGGACUCAGAUCAAGUGCAUCUGUGUUAUGGCUAUCAGAUCUGGUGGAGACAGUCGUCUUCAAUGUAAUUUUAAACAGAGGAUAAUAAUAGCAUUAUAAAACCAUUACUCCCUCCACUAUAAUGUAUACAGUGGUGAAAAAGCACUUCAGUCUCUUACCAGGCUUCUCUGACAGCACCUCUUAAAACCAUCUACCAUUAAUUAGGAAAAAGGCAGUACAGUACUGGGCAAAAGUCUUAGGCAUAUGCAAAAAAAUUCUGUGAAGCGAAUAUACUUUCAAAAUUAAUGAAACAAAAAGUUUCUAAAUAUCAGAAAAAUUACUAUGAAGAAUUUACAAUAUAAAAAAAUAAAUCAAAUCAAAAUUUGGUGUGACCACCCUUUGCAUUUAAAAUUGCAUCAUUUCUAGGUACACUGUUGUGGAGUCUUAUAAGAAAAUUGAUUGGAUUUAUAAGAAAAUCAUCUUGGAGAACUUGCCACAGUUCUUCUGCAGACUUUGUUUGCCUCACUUGUUACUGUCUCUACAGAUAAUUGCAGACUGCUUUGAAGUUGUUGAGAUCAGGGCUCUUUGGAAAGCAAACCACCUGAAACCAUAUAAAAAUAUCUAGGGUGCCUAAGACUUCCAUAGCACUGUAUGUGGAAGGAACACAACCAUCAUCUGGUUCCUCUGCAGUCUAACAUUAAAAUCUCUCAUCUUUGCUCCUAUAUCACUCUUCUAAAUCUUAGAUCCCCUCCCCAAUCUUACCACUAUGAAGUGUGAGGAAACAUGAAGGCUGCAGAAGGACUUAGACAGAUUAGGAGAAUGGACUAGAAAAUGGCAAAUAAAAUACAACGUUGGAAAAUGCAUGGUCAUGCACUUUGGUAGAAGAAAUGAAUAUGCAGACUAUUUUCUAAAUGGGGAGAAAAUCCAAAAAAGCUGAGAUGCAAAGGGACUUGAGAGUCUUUGUGCAGAACAUCCUGAAGGUUAACUUGCAGGUAGAGUCAGUGGUAAGAAGGCAAAUACAAUGUUAGCAUUCAUUUCAUGAGGACUAGAAUAUCAGAGCAGGGAUGCAAUGCUGAGGCUUUAUAAGGCACUGGUGAGGCCUCACCUGGAGUAUUGUGAAGAGUUUUGGGUUCCUUAUCUAAGAUGUGCUGGCAUUGCAGAGGGUUCAGAGGAGGCUCAAAAGGUUGAUUCUUGGAAUGAAAAGGUUAUCAUACAAGAAACAUUUAAUUGUACUCACUAGAAUUUAGAAGGAUGAGAUGGGAUCUCAUUGAAACCUUUCAAAUGUUAAAAGGCCUAAACAGAGUAGAUGUGGAAACGAUGUUUCCCAUCGUGGGGGACUCUAGGACAAGAGGGCACAGCCUCAGGAUAGAGGGGUAUCAAUUUAAAACAGAGAUGCAGAGAAAUUUCUUUAGGUAAAGGGUGGUGAAUGUGUGGAAUUUCUUACCACAGGCAGCUGUGGAGGCCAGGUUGCUGGUGUACUUAAGGUGGAGAUUGAUAGGUUCUUGAUUGGGCGUGGCAUCUUAGGCUAUGGGGAGAAGGCCAGGGAGUGGGGCUGAGGGGAAUAAAAAGAUCAGCCAUGAUGGAAUGGCGGAGCAGACUCAAUGGGUCGAAUAGCCUAAUUCUGCUCCCAUGUCUUAUGGUCUUAUAAAUAAUUAGAGGUAUCUACACAAACCCUGGAGAUGCACAAACAUGAUGAAAAAAUGGAAAGGUAAAACUUAAGACAUAUUAAUCAUUCAAGAUGCAACCCAGAAAACAAUGACAGAAUUUGCUAUACACUACUUCUAUUGACAUAACUCUCUAAUUCAGCCAACCAAAUAAAAGAGAAAAUGAUAGAAAUAUUCAGUAGUGUAAGUGAUAUCUGUGGAGAGAGAAGCAGUUACCCAUUAGAGGGUUAACUUUACUCAAAACAGUAACUCUGUCUUAAGAAACAUUUAAGAAUGCCUGAACAAAUAACUUUUCAUAGUUCCUACAUUCACAUCCAUGUAAGACCAUAAGACAUUGGAGCAGAAUUAGGCCAUUCAGCCCAUUAAGUCUGCACUGCCAUUCCAUCAUGGCUGAUUCUGGAUUCCUCUCAACCCCAUACACCUGCCUUCUUGUCAUAUCCUUUGAUACCCUGACCAUAUCAGGAAACUAUCAACUUCUGCCUUAAAUAUUUCCAUGGACUUGGCCUCCACCACAGUCUGUGGCAGAGCAUUACACAGAUUCACUACUCUCUGGCUAAAUAAAUUUCUCCUUACCUCUGUUCUAAAAGGUCUCUCCUCAAUCUUGAGGCUGCGCCUUCUAGUUCUGGAUACCCCCACCGCAGGGAACAUCCUCUCCACAUCCACUCUAUUUAGCCCUUUCAACAUUUGCUAGGUUUCAGUGAGAUUCCCCCCACAUUCUUCUAAAUUCUAGUGAGUACAGGCCCAAAGCUACUAAACGCCCCUUAAAUGUUAAUCACUUCAUUCCUGGAAUCAUCCUCAUGAACCUCCUCUGGAUUCUCUCCAAUAACAACACAUCCUUUCUGAGAUAUUGGGCCCAAAACUGUUGACAAUACUCCAAGUGCAGCCUGACUAGUGUCAUAUAAAGGCUCAACAUUAUCUCCUUGCUUUUAUAUUCCAUUCUACUUAAAAUAAAUGCCAAUAUUCCAUUUGCCUUCUUUACCACAAACUCAACCUAUAAAUUAACCUUCUGGGAGUUUUGCACAAGGACUUCUAAGUCCCUCUGCACCUCUGAUAUUUGAACCUUCUCCUCAUUUAGAUAAUAGUCCGCAUUAUUAGUCCUUUUAACAAAAUGCAUGAUCAUAUAUUUUUAACACUAUAUUCCAUUUGCCACUUUUUUGCCCAUUCUUCCAAUUUGUCUAAGUCCUGCUGCAAUCGCAUUGUUUCUUCAGCACUACCUACCCCUCCACCUCUUUGAAUCACCCACAAACUUUGCCAAAAAGCCAUCAAUUCCAUUAUCCAAAUCACUGACAAAUACAUGUGAAAAGUAGCGCUCCCAAUACUGACCCCUGAAGAACACCACUAGCCACUGGCAGCCAAACAGAAAAUGCCCCUUUUAUUCCCAUUCGCUGCCUCCUGCCUGGCAGCCAUUCCUCUAACCAUGCCAGUUAUCUUUCCUGUAACACCAUAGGAUUUUAUUUUGUUAAGCAACCUCAUACGUGGCACCUUGUCAAAGGCCUUCUGAAAAUCCAAGCAAAUGGCAUCCACUGCUUCUCCUUUGUCCACCCUGCUUGUUACUUCCUCGAAGAACUCUAACAGACCUGUCAGGCAAGAUUUCCCUUUACAGAAACUAUGCUGACUUUGACUUAUUUUAUCACUAGUCUCCAAGUAUCCCAAAACCUCAUCCUUAAUAAUAGGCUCCUACACUUGCCCAGCCACUGAAGUUAGGCUAACUGCCUUAUAAUUUUCUUUUGUUUCCCUUCCAGCCUUCUUAGAGUGGAGUGACAUUUACAAUCUUCCAGUCCUCUGGGACCAUGCCAGAAUCAUGUGAUUCUUGAAAGAUCGUGACUAAUGCAUCCAUUAUCUCUUGAGCAACCUCCUUCAGUACUCUGAGAUAUAGUCCACCUGGUCCAGGUGACUUAUCCACCUUAAGACCUUUGAGUAUGCCUAGCACUUUUUCCUUUGUAAUAGCAAUGGCACUCAUGGACCUCUGGCACACUGCCAGUGUCUUCCACAGUGAAGACUCAUGCAAAGUACCCAUUAAGUUCAUCUGUCAUUUCUUUGUUCCCCCAUUACUACCUCACCAGCAUUAUUUUCCAGUGGUCCAGUAUCAACUCUCAUCUUCCUUUUAUUCUUAAUAUAACUGAAAAAACUUUUAGUAUCCUGCUUUAUAUUAUUGGCUAGCUUGUCCUCAUAUUUCAUCUUUUCCCUUAAGGUUUUUUUAGUUGUCCUCCAAGUCUGCUGCGCCAUCUGAUCACAGCUGAUUUAUUUUCCCUCUCAGUCCCAUUCUUCUGCCUUCUCCCUAUAACCCUUGAUAGCUUCACUCACCUCAACACUUAACUGACUCCAUAACCUAUGGUUCACUUGGAUGGACUCUUCUGUAUUAUUUAUGUAAUCUUGUAUUUGCACAGUUUUUUUUCUUUUGCACAUUGGUUGUUCGUCAGUCUUUGUGUGUUGUUUCUCAUUGAUUCUAUUUUAUUUCUCUGUUCUACUGUGUAUGCCAGUGAGAAAAUGGUAGCAUAUGGGGACAUAUACAUACUUUGCUAACAAACUUACUUUCAAUUUUGACGCCUUCUCUAAUCAGGUACCUAUCAAUCUCUGCUUUAAAUAUACCCAAUGACUUGGCCUCCACCCUCUGGCUAAAGAAAUCCCCACCCCAUCUCUAUUCAAAAGGGACAAAUGGUUCAUCUUAGCCAACAUUUAAUAUUCACUCUGGGCAACUAAAACAAAAGAUGCAACUGCCUUAUCAUGUACGAUGCUUUUAACUGAGUGAUUUUAAAAGACAGUUCAGAAAACACUGGCCACAACAAAAUUCGCAUUACUGUGCUGUCACCAAUUUUCAACUAUUAAUUUGCACCCAUUGGGUAAAAUGAGAGGUUGGAAGAAGGUGGACAGAGCAAGGGGUGGGGGGGGGGGGAAGGUGGGGAAGAGGAUUGUAGACACCACAGACAGAAAAUCCAAAAUAUUCUGGUGCAAUUUAAUCAAUGCUAUUUCAAAAAAAAUUCAUGUAAAUUGUCUGGUGUACACCGAAAGCAGGCUAGAACGUUUGUUAUUUAAGAGUUCUAUUAUGUAUAAUAAUGUUCUGGGUUUGCCCAACCAGAAUGAUUGGUACCAGGAGAUAGUUAAUUAUGGCCAUGUAAAAGGAGCAUUUAACCCCGCAAUGGAUGGUCCCAAGCCCAGUUGCAGGAGGAGGAGGAGGGCUGGGCAAGGGGCUAGCAACCCCACCCAUAAAAACAUUGUUACGGAAAUCCCAAUAGAAGCUCCAAACACUCAAAGAUCCUGGGAGAGGAAGGAUCUUGGCCUAGAAGAUGCAUGAAGUUGCAUGGUGAAAACAGAAGCCACAGGUCCAAUCAACCUUCAGCUCAGAACAGAGGACUCAGGCGAGAUGCUGUUGGCGACCUAUGCCCCAAUAGGGGUGAUGGUCUUAAGAGGAAAAGAGCCAUUUAUCUGCAAUCAUUACUGAUCAGUGUUGCCCCAUGGGUUAUAGAGAAGAUAUGACAGAGCCUGCAUGAGAAAACUGACAGGGAUACGUGACCAGGAUAGAGAUCUAUCUUGGUGUAAGCACAUUGAUGUCUUGGGCUCAGCAGCACCACUACCUCCUCAGAAAACUACAGAAAUCUGGCAGGAGUCCUUAGCAAUGCACCACAGAAAGCAUCAAUUCAGAUGCAACACAACUUGGUACGGCAAAUGCUCUGUCUGCGACUGCUAGAAAUUGCAGAGUUGUGAACACAGCUCAGCACAUCACAGAAACCAGCCUCUCUUCCAUGGACUGUCUACAAUUCUCGUGGUUUCAAUAAAGCAGACAGCAUAAUCAAAGACACAUCUAUUCCAGCAAAGAUGCCACAAAAGUUUGCGUGUUCCUCCUGAGGCACAAAAAUAAAAGCAUUUUUGGAAGGACUGGCACCAUCAAGGUCUUCCCUUUGAGGUUCAGGGUGAUGAGAGCAUCCUAGAAAAAUAUUUAACAGGACAGUAUUGGGAAUAUUGCACAACACACGGAAUGCUUUAAUGAUUGCAAAGAAAAAAAACUGUGGAUGCUGAUUCCAGUCUUGUCGUCAUGUUAUACUUGUGGGCUUCAUCACGAUUGAACAAGUCUCAGUUGCCUGUCUGCUAGAGGGUCUAGAUGGAAACUGUCCUUACGGCCUUUGUUGAAUUUAGCAGCAGAUUCUGGAAAAAGAGUCGAAUUGGGUUUACUGUGGUUGUUGAAACAGGAAGUAUAGCUGUGUGAGGCAUGCAUAUCAAUGAACAUGCACUUUAACUGGCUGUAGUGAAAUGUGUAUAAAAAGCUAUCACAAGAAUGAUAGGCCUUGCAAAGAUGCUCAAUUCAGCAUUGCAGGUGAUUGGAAUGCAAAACAACACUGCAGAUGUUGGAAAUUCUCGAGUUAUAGAGCACUAUAGCACAUCUGAAUCUAGGAGGGUUUCUUGAAAUAAUAUGCAGAUAAUUCAACCAAUGGCUGUAGUAGACUAUUGAGCCUGGGAUUGAGUCUGCCCAGGUGAUCAAAGUUUCCGUGAGAGGAGCCACGGUAACUUAGCAGUUAGAGCAACACUAUUACAGCACAGGGUGUCAGAGUUCAAAGUUCAAUUCCAGCAUCCUCAGAAAGCAAGCUUGUACACUCCUUCCCAUGUGUGAGUGGGUUUCCUCCCACAGUCCAAAGGCGUACCAGUUAGUAGGUUAAUUGGUCAUUGUAAAUCGUCCUGUGCUUAGGCUAGCAUUAAAUCGGUGGGUUGCAGGGUGGCUCAGCUUGAGGUGCCGAAGAGCCUGGUCCAUGCUGUAUCUCUAAAUAAAAUAAAUUUUGGGACUAUUGAUCAUAAUUCUUUAAGGAUAGGACUGCAGUUGGAAGGACAUAGUUAAAGAUUAGCUUUAUUUGUCAAAGCAUAAAACAAAAUGCAUCACAUCAAAUCAGUGAGGAUUGUACUGGGCAGUCCUCAAACGUCACAUUUUUGACUGCCAACAUAGCAUGCCCAUAACUAGCUAAACUGUUAAACUCGUCCUGCUCCUAAUUAAACUGGAGAGUGUGCAAAAAAAUCAUUUAUGAGGAUGUUAAGAGGGCUGGAAGUUUGAGUUAUAUGGAGAGGCUAAAGAGAUAAAAAGUCAUAGCACAACAACACAGAAACAGGUCCUACAGCCCAACUAAUCCAUUCUGAACCCUUACUCUACUUAGUCCCAUUGAUAUAAUAUUAUAUAGAAACAUAUAAAAUUAUGAAAGGGAUAGUUAAGAUAGAAGCAGGAAGGUUGUUUCCACUGGUGGAUGAGAAGGAACUGUUUUUCCCAACAGUGGUGAACCUAUAGAAUUCUCUGCCUGAUGUAGCAGUGGAGACUACCUCCGUAAUUACCUUUGAGACAAGGUUGGAUAGAUUUUUGCAUAGUAGGGGAAUUAAGGGUUAUGGGGAAAAGGCAGGUGGGUGGAGAUAAGUCCAUGGUUAGAUCAGUCAUGAUUUUAUUGAAUGCCGGAGCAGGCUCGAUGGGCCAGACGGCCUACUCCUAUUCCUACUGUUCUUAUGUUUUUAUGUUAUGACCCGCACCUGGAUCACAGCCCUCCAUACUCCUCCCAUCCAUGUGCUUAUCUAAACUUCUCUGAAAUGUUGGCAGUUGAACCCGAAAGCAGUUCUUAAACAAGAAAAAAAAUGCUGGGAUGACUGGGCAGGUCAGGCGGCAGCUGUGGAAAGAAAAAGUGAGUCAAUAUUUAAGACUCUGAAGACAAGGAUCUGUUCUCAUGCAUACUAACAGUUUCUCUCUCGCAGGAGGCUGCUCGACCUACUGCAGUUUUCUGUAUUUUCAGUAACAUCAAGGUUCUUUUGUGCUUUAUUGUUGAAUAACCUUACAGAUUGAAACAAGUACAUAAACCAGGUGUAAAGCACAGAUAAGAACACCAUCUACCUAUUAGAUUAAAAUAUUAGAAAUACUUUCCCAUUCUCCACAAUUAGUCUACAGCAUGAUGAAACAGUUUGGGAACAUUUAUUUGAUUGUUGGGCGGCACAGUAGCAGAGUGAUUAGUGUAGUACUAUAACAGCACCAGAAACCUAAGAUCAAUUCUGCUACUGACUGUAAGACGUUUAUACAUUCUUCCAAUAACCACAUGGGUUUUGUAGAAAUAUAUCUGUAACCCUAAAGUCUUUAUGAAUUUAUAACUUUUGUAUAAGAUAAUGAGAGGCAUUGAUCAUGUCAAUAGUUAGAGGCUUUAUCGCAGGGCUGAAAUAGCUAGCACGAAAGGGCACAGUUUUAAAGUGGUUAGAAGUAGGUACAGAGGAGAUGUCAGGGGUAAGUUUUUUUAUGCAGAGAGUGGUGAGUGCAUGAAAUGUACUGCCGGUGACAAUGGUGGAGGCGGAUACAAUAGGGUCUUUUAAGAGACUCCUGGACAGGUACAUGGAGCUCAGAAAAAUAGAGGACUAUGGGUAAAUUACCCUAAGUAAUUUCUAAGGUAGGGACAUGUUCGGCAAAGCUUUGUGGGCUGAAGGGCCUGUAUUGUGCUGUAGGUUUUGAAUGUUUCUAUGUCAAAUAUAAUGUGACAAAAUGGAACCUGAGUGAUCGCAGAAUGCUUUGCUGGCUUGUUGAAAUGCUUAGCUUGCAAGCAGGGUGUGUUUUAUAUCAGGAUGUAUGCUUAUUGCAGGUAGUGUUUUAACAACAGAGAAGAACAGGAUGCAGCUGUCAUUGGGGGAAAGCCUCAAAAUACAAUCCUGAUUAAAAGAACAGAUGCACGGAUCCAGAUAAGGAAGCAAUACCAUUAUGAGAUGGAAGACCUCAAAGACAUUAAUUGGUGCAUAACUGAUCUCUGUAAAAUAAUUUGUUCUGAGCUGUAAAAUUGAAGCUACCUUCCAAAAAGGAGGUAGAUGUUCUCUUGCAAGAAAUAAAUGCAUUUAUAACUUAACCCACUCUGAAUUUGUAGUUUUUACUGUACAUUAGAAGACCUAGCUGAAUGGUACAGUUUCCUCCAGGUGCUCCAAUUUUCUCCCACAUUCCAAAGACAUAUCUGUUUGUAAAUUAAUUGGUCACAUGGGUGUAGUUUUACUUAGAGAUACUGCGCUAUAUCUCUGAAUAAAAAUAAAUGAUACAAAGAGGUGCAAGAACUAAACAAACUUUUGGUCCUCUAAAUCUAUUUGUUGUUAACAUCAUGGGGGGGGGGGGCGAGGGUAGGAUAAUAACUUCCAACUGGGAACAAUGUGGAAGGUGAUGAAUGACAAUACCUUCCGCCAAUAACUAUAAAGCAAAUACAUACACUCAGUGGCCACUUUAUUAAGUACACCUGUACACAUGCUCGUUAAUGCAAA